AUGCCUCGUUUCCUGGACAUGAAGGAGUUAGGAGAAUCUGCUCCUUUCCUUCGUCUCACCAACAUGGAGCAGCUGGCUGCCAAAGCGCAGGCGUUCGAUGGUACGAAGCGUGUUUGGAUGUCCGAUGAUGUUGAAGCGUACACUGAAGUGGAAGUCAGAGAGCUGAAUGGAGACAAAAGCACUGUGGAGACCAAAGAUGGACGGUUCCUGGUAGUAAAGGAAGACGAUCUCCAGCCGAUGAACCCUCCCAAGUUCGACAUGAUGGAGGACAUGGCAAUGCUGACUCACCUCAACGAGGCGUCGGUCCUCUUCAACCUGAAGAGGAGAUACAGCAUGUGGAUGAUCUAUACCUACUCUGGUCUGUUCUGUGUGACAGUCAAUCCGUACAAAUGGCUGCCGGUCUACUCUCCUGAGGUGGUGACGGCGUAUAAAGGGCGACGUCGCUCAGACAUGCCGCCUCACAUCUACGCCAUCGCUGACAACGCCUACUAUGACCUGCUGCAGAACCGUGAAAACCAGUCAAUGCUGAUCACCGGCGAGUCGGGAGCAGGAAAGACCGUCAACACUAAGAGGGUGAUCCAGUACUUCGCCAUCGUCGCUGCUCUGGGUGAAACUGUGAAAAAAGGAGGUUCUUUAGAGGACCAGAUCAUUGAAGCUAAUCCAGCCAUGGAGGCGUUUGGAAAUGCAAAAACCAUCCGUAACGACAACUCCUCCCGCUUUGGAAAGUUCAUCAGAAUUCAUUUUGGACCAACAGGAAAGUUGGCGUCUGCUGACAUCGACAUCUACCUUCUAGAAAAGUCCAGAGUCGUCUUCCAGCAGCCAGGAGAGAGAAGCUACCACAUCUACUACCAGAUCAUGUCCAAUCACAAGCCAGAACUACAAGACAUGCUGCUGGUGUCCUCAAACCCCUACGACUACCACUUCUGCUCUCAGGGUGUGACCACAGUGGAGAGCAUCAAAGACGACGAGGAACUGAAACUCACUGAUCACGCGAUGGACACACUGGGCUUCACACCAGAGGAAAAGUAUGGCUGCUAUAAGAUCGUCGGAGCCAUCAUGCACUUUGGCAACAUGAAGUUCAAAAAAAGGCAGAGAGAGGAGCAGGCCGAGGCCGACGGCACUGAGAGUGUGGAUAAGGCAGCCUACCUGAUGGGCAUCAACUCUGCAGAACUGAUGAAAGGUCUGUUGAACCCCCGCGUCAAAGUCGGACAUGAGUUCAUCAUUAAAGGACAGACUGUAGAACAGGUGAACUAUGCAGUGGCGGCUCUGGCCAAAGCCACGUACGACCGGAUGUUUAAGUGGCUGGUGAGUCGUAUCAACUUGUCUUUAUACACAGCUCUGCCUCGCCAGUACUUCAUCGGAGUCCUCGACAUCGCCGGCUUUGAGAUCUUUGAGCUCAAUAGCUUUGAACAGCUGUGCAUCAACUUCACCAACGAGAAGCUGCAGCAGUAUUUCAACCACCACAUGUUCAUCAUGGAGCAGGAGGAGUACAAGACCGAAGGGAUAGAGUGGACCUUCAUAGAUUUUGGGUUGGACUUGCAGGCCUGCAUCGACCUCAUAGAAAGGCCCAUGGGUAUUCUCUCCAUCAUGGAGGAGGAGUGUAUGUUCCCCAAGUCCACGGACCAGAGCUUUAAAACCAAACUCUACGACAACCAUCAGGGGAAGUCACCAAACUUCCAGAGGCCGCGUCUGGACAAGAAGCGCAAAUAUGAGACUCACUUUGAGGUGGUUCACUAUGCUGGAGUGGUGCCGUACAACAUCACAGGCUGGCUGGAUAAGAACAGAGAUCCUCUGAAUGAGACGGUGGUCACUUUGUUCCAGAAAUCCUCCAACAAACUGAUGGCUGCACUGUUUGAGAGCUACAUCAGCGCAGAGAUGGCUUGUGACCCGAAGUAUGAAUCCACACACAGGAAGAGGAAAGCAGCUUCCUUCCAGACAGUUUCACAGUUACACAAGGAGAAUCUAAACAAGCUGAUGGCGAACCUCCGCAGCACUCAGCCGCACUUUGUCCGCUGCAUCAUCCCCAACGAGGGCAAGACGCCAGGUGUGAUGGAUCCUUUCCUGGUCCUGCACCAGCUGAGGUGUAACGGAGUCCUGGAGGGGAUCAGGAUUUGCAGGAAGGGCUUUCCGAACCGGAUCCUGUACGCAGAGUUUAAACAGCGAUAUCGUAUCUUGAAUCCGUCUGCGAUUCCAGACAACCUGUUUGUGGACAGCAGGAAGGCCGGCGAGAAGCUGCUGGGCUCUCUGGACAUCGACCACACGCAGUACAGGUUCGGACAGUCCAAGGUCUUCUUUAAGGCGGGUCUGUUGGGUCAGUUGGAGGACAUGAGGGACGCCCGCCUGUCUCAGAUCCUGACCACCGUGCAGGCCAUGUGCAGAGGGAAGCAUAGGAUGGAGCUACAAAUGAUGAUGCAGAAAAAGGAGGCUUUGAUGGUGAUCCAGUUCAACCUCAGGGCGUUCUUCUCGGUGCGGAGGUGGAUGUGGAUGAUGUUGUUCUACAAGCUCCGCCCCCUGCUGAGGAGCGCCCAGGUGGAGCAGGAGCUGGCUGCUCUGAGGGAGGACUACAAAAAACUGAAAGAGGCGUUUGACAGGUCGGAGAUGAAGCGCUGCGAGGCGGAGGGGAAGCAGGUGGUUCUGGUUCAGGAGAAAAACGACCUGGCUCUGCAGGUUCAAGCUGAGCAGGACAACCUGAUGGACGCAGAGGACCGCUGCAACCAGCUGAUUCAGUCCAAGAUCUCGCUGGAGUCGAAGCUGAAGGACAUGGGCGAGCGCCUGGAGGAUGAGGAGGAGAUGAGCGCCACGAUGACGUCUAAGAAGCGUCAGCUGGAGGAGGAAGUGGUGUCGCUGAAGAGAGACGUAGACGACCUGGAGAUGACGCUCGCUAAAGUAGAGAGAGAGCGACACGGAGUGGAAAACAAGGUGAAGAAUUUGUCCCAUGAGAUGUCGGUCCUGGAUGAAUCCAUCGCAGCUCUGGGCAAAGAGAAAGUCGCUCUGCAGGAAGCUCAUCAGCAGGCUCUAAACGAUCUCCAGGCUCACGAGGACAAAGUCAACAUGCUCGCUAAGACCAAAACCAGACUGGAGCAGCAAGUAGACGAUCUGGAAAGCUCCCUGGAGCUGGAGAAGAAGGUCCGGGUUGAGCUGGAACGAACCAAACGGAAGCUGGAGGGGGAUCUGAAGCUGUCGGUGGACUCGGUGAAGGAUCUGGAGAACCAGAGAGAGGAGCUGGAGGAGCGGCUGAAGAAGAAAGACUUCGACUUGGCUCAGCUUCAGUCUAAAGUUGAGGACGAGCAGAGUUUGGCCGCUCAGCAUCAGAAGAAGAUCAAAGAGCGUCAGACUCGUGUGGAGGAGCUGGAGGAAGCGUUGGAGGCAGAGCGGACGUGGCGCUCCAAAGCCGAGCGUCAGAGGAACGAUAUCGCCCGAGAGCUGGAGGAGCUGGGAGAGAAACUGGAGGAAGCCGGAGGAGCCUCGGCUGCUCACAUCGCCCUCAACAGGAAGCGUGAGGCCGACUUCCUGAAGAUGCGGCGGGAGCUGGAGGAGGCGGGGCUUCACCACGAGGGGACGGCCGCCACUCUGAGGAAGAAGCACUCGGACAUGGUGACCGAGCUCAGCGAGCAGAUCGACGCUCUGCAGCGAGCCAAGCAGAAGCUGGAGAAGGAGAAGGCCGAGUUCAUGCUGGAGGCCGAAGACCUGGCCGCUAACGUGGAGCAGCUCUCCAGAGCCAAGGGUGCUGUGGAGAAGAUGUGCAGGGUUUAUGAGGACCAGCUCACUGAAAGCAGGAUCAGAGCGGACGAGCUGCAGAAACAACUGACCGAAAUGUCUGCUCUGAAAGCACGAACGCUCACAGAGACUGCCGAGUACAGCCGGCGUCUGGAGGAGCGGGACGUUCUGAACGCUCAGCUGCAGCGCUCCAAGACCGGACUCGUGCAGAACAUCGAAGAUCUGAAGAGGCAGCUGGAGGAAGACGGCAAAGCCCGGGUGGCGUUGGCUCACGCUGUGCAGGCGUCCCGUUAUGAUCGCGGCCUGCUGAGCGAGCAGCUGGAGGAGGAGCAGGAGGCCAAAGCUGAACUGCAGAGGGCGCUGUCCGCCGCUAACAGCCAGCUGGCUCAGUGGAGGACGAAGUACGAGACCGACGCCGUGCUGCGCAUCGAGGAGCUCGAAGACGCCAAGAAGAAGUUGGUGGUUAAACUGCAGAGCGUUGAGGAAACUGUGGAGGCGACUCAGGCCAAAUGUUCCUCGCUGGAGAAAACCAAACAGCGUCUGCAGACUGAGAUCGAGGAUCUGAUGGUGGAACUGGAGCGCUCCAACGCUGCGGCGCUGGCUCUGGAUAAGAGGCAACGCAGCUUCGAUAAGCUGUUGAGCGAGUGGAAGCUGAAGUUUGAGGACAGUCAAUCAGAUCUGGAGGCGACGCAGAGAGAGUCUCGCAGUCUGAGCACCGAGCUCUUCAAACUGAAGAACCUCUAUGAAGAAGCUCUGGACCACCUGGAGACGGUCAACAGAGAAAACAAGAACCUUCAAGAGGAGAUCGUGGACCUGACGGAGCAGAUCAGUCUCGAAGGGAAGACCAUCCAUGAGCUGGAGAGGAUAAAGAAGAUCCUGGACAUGGAGAAGAGUGACAUCAGAGCUGCUCUGGAGGAGGCCGAGGGAACGCUGGAGCACGAGGAGAGUAAGACCUUAAGAUUUCAGAUGGAGCUGCAGCAGAUACGGAUGGAGAUCGACCGCAAGAUCGCUGAGAAAGAUGAAGAGAUCGACAUCCUCAGGCGGAGCCACCAGCGCUCUCUGGAGACCAUGCAGGCCAAUUUGGAGGCAGAAGUCCGCAGUCGCAGCGAGGCGGUUCGUCUGAGGAAGAAGAUGGAGUCUGACCUGAAUGAGAUGGAGAUUCAGCUGUCAUACUCCAACAAACAGGCGGCCGAGAGCCAGAGGAUCAUCAGACACCUGCAGACACAGGUGAAAGAGCAGCAGGUGGACCUGGAAGAUAAGGUGGAGUUGACCAAUCAGCUGCGAGAACAGAUCGUCCUGGUCGAGCGACGCUGUUCGCUGUUGGCGGCUGAAGAGCAGGAGCUCCGUGAAGUCCUGGAACAGAGCGACUGCAACCGCAGGAUGGCCGAAAAUGAGCUGGUGGAGGUCGCAGAAAGGGUUAAUCUGCUCAACACACAGAACGUUGGUCUUUUGAACCAAAAGAGGAAGUUGGAGGCGGAUCUUUCUCUGCUGACCGGAGAGGUGGACGAAGCCGUGCAGGAGAGUCACAGCGCUGAGGAGAAAGCCAAGAAGGCCAUCACUGAUGCGUCUCUCAUGGCGGAGGAGCUGAAGAAAGAGCAGGACAGCAGCACCAUGUUGGAGAGGAUGAAGAAGAACAUGGAGUUCACAGUGAAAGAGCUGCAGGUCAAACUGGAUGAAACGGAGCAGAUGGCGCUGAAGGGAGGAAAGAAACAGCUUCAUAAACUGGAGACCACGGUAAGAAACCUGCAGACGGAGCUGAUGGUGGAGCAGAAGAACAGCGAGGAGUAUCAGAAAGGAGUCCGUCGCUACGAGCGGAGAGUCAAAGAGCUGACGUACCAGUCGGAGGAGGACAAGAAGACUCUGCUGAGGAUGCAGGAGCUGAUCGAUAAGCUUCAGGCCAAAGUGAAAAGCUAUAAGAGACAAGCUGAAAGCGCUGAGGAGCAGGUGAGCUGCGGCUCGGUGCGCUUCAGGAAAAUUCAACACGAGCUGGACGACGCCGAGGAGAGAGCCGACGUCGCCGAGUCAACCGUCACCAAGCUGCGCAUCCGAACCCGUCAACAGACCAGCAAGGUUGCCAUGGUGAGUCACGCUCACAAUAAUGAAUAACAUAAUAAUCAGUACAUAGAUUUAUAUUAUCGGUGUAAGCAGUCAUCUUCCAUCGAAUUCUGUAUUCUGUGUUUACCUUCGUGUCUGUUUUGACUGUUCCUUCUUUCCUCCCU